AUCUACAUUACUAGCGCCGUAUAGCUUCCCGCGGUUUGCCUCGUGGAUAUGCACUGUGGGUAAGUGUGGCGUCGAGGAGAGACAGUUUGGGACCGUUUCGGUGAUUUUCGGCUGCAAGAGCGGCGGUAGGAGGGAGGCUGGGGUGAGGAGGGAGUGGACAAUAAUCUUAAAGGAUGAGAUGAGCGAAGAUCCAGUAUGUUUUUUACGAGGCUGAGGGGGUAGGCAUCAGAAACCCGCUCUAGGCCUUGUAACAAUAUUUCUAUAAAGUCUCAUAAGGACCCGUCGAAACAAAAAAAAACCUGUCUCUAAUAUCCACCAAUCUACAAACUAAAUCUUCACUCAUUCCAUUCUUGAAGAUGAUUGUUCCCUCCUUCCUCACCCUCGGCCUCCUUGCCACCGCCGCUGUCGCAGCUGCAGAUCCUCGAACUUGCAACCGCAACGAUGCCAAACUCCCCCUCCUCGACGCCAAAAACUUCAAGCUCACCUACUCCGCCAACACCCACACCACCAAGCUCUCUAAGCACUUCAAGACCGUCUCCAUGACCCAGGUCCUCACAAACGCAAACCGACAACUCGUCAAGAAAGCCCCAAAAACUGGUAACGGCAAACCUGUCGAGAGCUGGGGCUGGAACGACGGCGACGACGACACGAAGAAAUACUAUCCCCAGGGAAUCAGCAGCUCUGGUGACGCUCUCGGGAAUGGGAAGUAUGAAGGCCAUUCCGUCUGGGCCGUGAGCUGGUACCAGAAGGAGGCCGCGGCGAACGAGAAGAAGAAGGCACGGAUCAGCUUUAUUGAUCGCUCAACGCAUAAGUAUCGCCAUGUGUUGCUCGUAGAGCCGAGUGCGGAUGAUGAUUUCAAAGAGGUCUCGGUGCACGCGGGAGGAAUUAUGUGGUAUGGUGAUGCGCUGUAUGUUGUGGAUACGGACAAUGGACUCCGCGUGUUCAACGUGAGUAGUAUGUGGGCUGUCGGCGCUGGGGACAGAGUGGGGAAGGAUCCGAAGACGGGGAAAUACUCUGCCAACAACUACGCAUACGUGCUUCCUCAGAUGUGGAAAUUCGACUGGAAAUCCAAACAACCCGACUCCCCCUUCCGCCACUCCUGGGUCUCUCUCGACCGCAGCACCACCCCUGACAGUCUCAUUAUCGGCGAAUACCAAGAAACCGAUGUCAAGACGCCCAUCCGCGUCAUCCGCUACCCCCUCGACUACACGACCCGCAAGCUCGCUACAACGGCCAAUGUUGCCACCGCGACCUGGGCAUCGUGCAUCAACAUCCUCAAGAUGCAAGGCGGGAUGUCAUGGAAGGGCAAGUUCUAUUUUGCGCGCAGCGCGUCGCCUGCUGCGGAUUUGUGGAGUUGGAUUCCGGGCAACGCGGCGAAGUUGGCCAAAGGCUGGUUUCCGGCUGGGGCGGAGGAUCUCAGUUAUCAUGAGGCGAGGGGAGAGUGGUAUACCCUGACCGAGUAUGCGGGGGAUAGGAGAAUUGUGGCGUAUAAGGGGAUGACGAAAUAGAUCGGAUGGUCCCUGAGAUCUCGGUUUUUUAGGUCGAUGGUGGUGGUUGGGGUUCUCAGUGCGACUUCUGCUGCCACGAACGGUUGACACGGCUCUCCUUGUGGUAGUAUUCACCCUUUACAUAUUCAAUAUUUCAAGCAUUGUACUUUAGAUAUGUAUAAAAAUAAAUUACAAUUAUAACUU